UUUGUGCUGUUUUGCACUGGUAGAUAUAUAUAUAUAUGAUUGUGUUAAAGGUUUGUUAUUUAUUUUUUCACUUGUGUAUCACAAAAAUUAGUCAUCAUAGACUUCCUUCAAACUAUUAUGUCAGUUAUCGUAAUGAGUCUUGAAUUAAAAUGAACAGAUAUUGUGCUUGUUUAUUAUUUCUCCAUAUCUUUGUCAGUUUGAAAGUGUGAGAGUUUUCUCGAGACCUGUGAUCUGAGAUAAUGUGGUGCGUAUUAACACCAUUGCUUUUCACCUAUGUCAUUAUAUGGAAAUCCUGGAUUUUAGCAAUAGAUCCACCGAAAAGUGCACUGUCAAGAUCACAGGUGGUGUACCCAGUUCGUGUCGGACAGCUGUAUCACGAUCAUGAUAACACGUGGAGGCAAGACAGAAAACAGAAAAUGUAUUAUAGAUGGGAAGCUUUCAAUAAAAUAUUCAUUUUGAAUUUAGAACAAGAAAACAGUUUUAUAUCUCCCCACUUUUCUUUGCAAACUGUGGAUUCAUUAGUCGAAAACACUACAAUAUGGAUACAUCCACCUAUCGAACGAAGCUGUUACUACCAGGGUCGUGUUCAAGGUGAUAAACCAUCUAGGGUAUUUGUCAGUCUUUGCAAAGGAAUGUUAGGGUUACUUCAUACUUCAGAAGGAGAUUAUAGUAUCGAACCAGUUACCUACGUCCUAGAAUUUAAGGACCUCAAGGAUAUAGCACAUCGUAUGACACACCUAAGCUCAGCUCAGUCUUCUGAAGGGAAUCUCAGGAGCCCUAUAGAAAGGUGUCAUCUGAAAGAUUCUGCAAGCCCGAAAAAUAAACUAAAAAAGAACUACAAAAACGAGUACCUAAAAUCUGUUAAAAAGCAUCGUCUUCAGUUUAGAAACGCCACUAACGUUCGCACCAAACGCUCAGUGUCAGUUGAAAGAUAUGUUGAAGUUUUAGUGGCAGUGGACAGACUGAUGGCCAAUUUGUAUCGUGACAACUUGCGACAUUACGUCUUAACGCUAAUGUCAGCGGUUUCGAUGAUUUACAAGGAACCCAGCCUAGGAAAUGUGGUCAACAUUGUGGUAGUGAAGUUGGUUACUUUGAGUGACGAAGAGAACAAGGAUAUCAUCCACUCAAGUGCAUCCAAGACAUUGCGCAGCUUUUGUCGUUGGCAGCGGAUCAAUAACUAUGAAGACGAUAGUCAUCCUCAUCAUCAUGACACUGCUGUGCUACUCACAAGGGAAGAUUUGUGUCGAGUUACGAACUCCUGUGACACACUCGGUUUAGCUAAUCCUGGGAUGGCGUGUUCUCGAUACAGCAGUUGUGCCAUAGUUGAAGACAAUGGCCUCAGUGCAGCGUUUACAAUAGCCCACGAGCUAGGACAUGUACUUGGGAUUCCUCACGACGAUGAUUUGAAGUGCAAGAAGUACAGAGACCGUGGUCAACCUUUAAAUAUCAUGGCAAGGAUGUUAGACGACCACAGCUACCCAUGGGACUGGUCUCCAUGCAGUAAGAAAUACAUCAGUAAUUUUUUGGAAGAGUGGUGUAAGCGUGGUGAGUGCGUCCAGAUUGAUAAGCGUAGACAGGAAGCCAUACACGGUCAGUGGGGUGAGUGGCAAAGCUAUGGUCACUGCUCUAGAAAAUGCGGUGGUGGUAUACAAAGAUCAGUCAGGGAGUGUGAUAAUCCUAGGCCAACCAAUGGAGGAAGAUAUUGUUUAGGACAAAGAACCCGAUAUCUCUCUUGUAACACACAUGAAUGCCCAGUAGACACACCAGAAGCCCGUGUUGAACAGUGUGCUACUUUCAACGGAAAGACUAUGAAUUUUGUUGGCCUACCCUCUAACGUCAAGUGGACUCCUUAUUACCCAGAAACUCGAUCAGAAGCAUGCAAACUUUAUUGUCAAGUCACUGGGACUUCUCCUCAUUUUCUCUUGGAAGAUCGAGUUAUAGACGGAACAUCUUGUGAACUAGAUACAUUCGACGUGUGCGUAAACGGCGUAUGCCAGAGUGCAGGUUGUGACCGUGUAUUAAGUUCAAACAAAACAUUGGACCGCUGUGGAAUAUGUGGAGGUGAUAAUUCCACGUGCAAGACUGUACACGGACACUACAAUGAAUUUAAGUAUGGCUACAAUUCGGUUGUCAUGAUUCCUGCCGGAGCAAGUAACAUCGAAAUUCUUCAGCAUGGUUAUCAAAACACUCAUCAGGAUGACAACUAUUUAGCACUUAUGACAAGCAAUCAUGAAUAUCUCCUGAAUGGUAACUUUACUGUCAGUCCUUUCAAGAAAAUUAUUAAGUUUUACGGCACAAUACUGGAAUACAGCGGGUCUGUGGCAGUAACUGAGCGCAUCAACUCGUCCAAACCACUGAAGAGAGAGCUGUUUGUUCAGGUUCUCACUGUGGGAGAUGUUCGGCCGCCCAAUAUUCGAUUUCAGUACACUGUAUCACUACGAGAAAAAAAUAAGUAUACCUGGGAGCUAGAAAGGAAGUGGUCAGAUUGUUCCCGGGUGUGUGGAGGUGAAAUGUUUCGACUACCCAUUUGUAUAAGGAUUUUCGACAACCUCAAAGUUAACGAUAACCAUUGUGAUGUUACAAAGACGCCUUCUGCUCUAGUCAAAACUUGCAAUGACCAUUGUAAGAUCAGGUGGCGCAUUACUGCUUCAACAAUAUGUUCCGUUCGGUGUGGAUGGGGUACACAACAGCGAAUUGUAAAAUGUGUCCAAGAAUUUACCGAUGGCAAAACACAAGAAGUUAGCGAUGAAUUUUGUGAACAUCUUGAUACCAAACCAAGUGAUACAGAGAAAUGUGAAGGAAACUGUCCCAAGGCAGACUGGAUGUUUCAAAAGUGGUCUUCAUGUUCAAAAACCUGUGGAAGUGGUGAACAGAUCAGAAGCGCCAUCUGUGUAGGAUCUGAUGGAAAGAAACUGGAUGAAAGGCACUGUGAAAUUUCUGGAAAAAUUACAAGAAAGGAAUGUAACAUGGAUCCUUGUCCAGAGUGGAAAACUGGAGAUUGGACAAAGUGUUCUGUAACAUGUGGCAUGGGAGAAAAAUACCGUACCUACUGGUGCCAGUAUGAUGGUAAAUCUGUUAGUGAAACCUACUGUGAUCCUAAAAGAGUCCCCAAACGCAAAGAGAUUUGUAAGCAAACACACUGUCCUAAAUGGAAACACGGUAGCUGGAGCGCAUGUCACGUUACCUGUGGACAAGGUAUAAUGACACGGUAUGUAGGCUGCUUUCUUAUGGAGGGUAAACAAGUUGAAAAUAAAGACUGUGAUGAUAGUACUCGACCAGAGAAUGAGAAGAAGUGCAUGAUACCUGAAUGUCCGAAGAUGUUUCCAAAUUCUAGAAGAAUUAUGGAAAUUACACACAAUCGAGUUGAAGGGUUCUUCUGGAGAACAGGCCCCUGGGGAGUGUGUACACAAACUUGUGGAGGUGGUAUUCAGCGCCGCCAAGUUGCUUGUUACGAUGAACUGGAGGAAAUGAGUGACCAAUGUGAAUUGGGAAAGAAACCUAUAGAUGUAAUCCAGUGUAACGUAGAACAUUGUCCUGAUUGGUCAGCUGGUAAUUGGAAAGAGUGUAAUAAGCCUUGCGGUGGAGGAUUCCAAAACCGACUGGUUGCUUGUCGAAAUGGAAGAGGAAACAUUGUUUCUGAACAUAAAUGUGAGGUCUAUACUCGCCCUCCGGAUACCCAAGAAUGCAACACUGAGGACUGUCCACUUUACUUUAAUUAUCGCUGGUAUCUCGGCACUUGGAGCACGUGUUCCGUAACUUGUGGUCAAGGUAUCAGAAGACGAGAUAUUCGAUGCCUUGAUGGAUUGGAGCGGUCAGUAUCAAUAGAAAAUUGUCACGGACCAAGUCCUGAAAGAAUUACAGAAUGUUUCCAGUCUGUCUGUGCCGAAUGGAAGUUUUCCGAAUGGUCAGAGUGCUCAGCAACGUGUGGCCGAGGAAAACAGAUUCGUCGUGUCCGAUGCUUACAGAACAACGUAACAGUUAGUAAUACUGUUUGUGACAGGAUCACACCUAAAUCAGAAAUCCGUUCCUGCUUUAACAAACCAUGCGUUUUUAGAUGGAAAAAAGGACCAUGGAAUAAAUGUAGUGUGACAUGUGGCAGCGGGCAAAGACAGCGAGAAGUCAGCUGCUUGAACAGUAGAGGUGUCGUUGUGGUGGAUACACUAUGUGAAUCCAAGCGGAAGCCUAAGUCCGUACGAAGAUGUAAGAGGGUUCCACUAUGCCCGUUUUCCUGGAUACCUGAUGAAUGGACGCAGUGUUCCACUUCUUGUGGGCCCGGUAUCCAGACACGACAAGUAUACUGUCAUCGAGUGAACGCUUACGGAUGGAUUGAACCAGAAUCUUUAAAUGAAUUACUUCAUCAAAACAGCCCUUGGUGUGAUCUUGUAAAGAAGCCUAACACUUUAAGGAUUUGUAACUUAGGCAGCUGUGACAGCAGAGCAGUGUGGAAACCAUGGGCAUGGAAUCCGUGUCCUGUUUCUUGUGGUGUGGGGAAACAAAGACGACGAGUUUUUUGCUAUAACUUAGAAGGUAAACGAAUCUCUAAGAAAAUCUGUGAGCGCUCUUUGAGACCGAAGAGUAAACGUGCAUGUUCUGUUAGACCAUGUGCUGCUCUUAGCUGUCGAGACGUUCAAGAACAAAAGGGAAUAAAAGAAGAUGGAGAACAAGAUAUUUAUGUACGCGGAAAAUUGGUGAAAAUAUACUGCGCAAAAAUGAAUACUUCAAAACCCCAAGAAUAUAUAUCGUUACCUAGUGGAGAUAGCAAUAAUUAUUCUGAAGUGUACGAUAAAAGAUUACUGAGACCGGACACCUGCCCCUAUAAUGGUAUCAGACAUGAUUCUUGUCCAUGUGUAAAGGAACGUAGAAUAGGAUCAGGACUGACGACUUUCAGCAAGGUAGCAAUUAACAUCACAACUCUACAAGUUUUGUCGGACGAUUUCACCUUCAGUAAAACAUUACGUGGACACAGAGUUAGAUUUGGAGAAGCUGGGGACUGUUACAGUUUCAAGGAAUGCCCUCAGGGCCGUUUCUCUAUCAGCUUAAAGGGUACAGGUUUAGUCGUGUCAGAGGCCAUACAAUGGAAAAUGUACGGAACUAGACCCGCUGCCAGAAUACAAAGAUUAGAGAAAGGGCAAAUCGUACAAGGUAAAUGUGGUGGCUAUUGCGGUAAAUGUUCACCGGAUAUGAGUAGUGGCCUUCUUUUAGACAUAACUCCGCCAUGACCAAGGACUACAUUUACGAGCAAGAUAUCAAGUACUCUGAUAUUGGUCAGCAAGAUUCAAACUCAGUAUUCUUCUAUUAGCUUGCAGGUUCAUUUGUAAAUAGCUCAUCAGACAUACCUCAUUUAGCAUGUUGCCCUGUCUCCACGAUCUGUAACUUACAAGUUGAGAAACGUGCUGUGCUGUUUUCUUUCACAUGCGACUCCAGGAAAAAGGGCCUUACUAAUGCUGGUCUAUUAAGGAAAAUUUAUUAUCACAGUUUAUGUUUAUUUAACAGAAACGUAUAUUUGUUGAUGUUAGCAGAUGUUUUUUUUAAUAGUAUGAAAAAUGGAAAGUGUUAUUUUCAGGGAGCCCUAAAUAGUGAAAAUGCACUAUGCAAUGACAUAAGAAUUUGAACUGUAUAUGUAUUUUAAAAAAAUGAAAUUUAUGAUAUAUGAAACAAAUUUAUACGCACAUAGAUUGAAUACCGUACUCUAUUGGGUUUCAGAAAGGACAGAACCCCUUUUUACCCCCCCCUUCUCAUUUUUUUGGUGUCUGUUUUUUAUAUUUUUUUUUCAAGUAGUGGAAGUAUCCUCUCUUGUAGCUGACACUAAAUUAUCAUUUGUUGUUGUGGGUACAACUUGCUCGAGUUAUUUUUUUAUCUUAUAAUUUUUAGCUUCAUUAUACUCUCAAGGUGAGGUUUCGAUUAUGCAUGUUUCAUAAUAAACUAUUAAACAAAGUAUACAGAGUUCGUUUAUUUUUUUCAAAACUUUGCUAGAGAUACUUAACUUGCAAGUAACUUUUAUAGCAUAACCUCACACACAUUCUCAAGUUUUGAGGUAAUUCUGUGAGGUAAUUUUUGAAGUCCCAAAUCUUUUUGGUAUGUUCUAUGUAUAGAUUCUUAAGAACUUAACUCGCUUUUGCUUAUAACAAGAUAUAGAAUCAAAAUGGUGUUUUAAAAUUUGCGUUCUCUAUUUCUUAAAAAUGGUAGUUCAGCAUUAAAGUUUUUAUAAGCAAAUAAAUAUAUGUUUUUUCUUAUCGUCUGAAAGAAUAUGCAGUGUGUCACUCAAGUUGCAAAAGAACAUAAUAACCUCAAAAGAGGAUGCAGUUAGCCCAAGCAUUAUUUGGAACAAAGUAAACGAAAACAGGCAAAGUAUAUGAUUCCUAAUUUUGACGCCCAAAUAUGAUUGUAUUAGAAACUGGUAUUUGCUUGCAAAACCUUUGAGUCUUUGAGGAUUAUCAUAGGGCUUGUGUCUACCUCUCUAACCAUAAAUAUCUAUAUGUGCUUUUAAGGAAUUUAUUAUUUGAAUGUAUUCCUUUGCUAUUGAAUAUGAAAGUGUAGAUUAGAGAAAGAUAGCCAGAAAGUUUAAUUUUGUAUGGACUGAAAUAUUACAAGAUUUAAAUAUCCAGCUAACCGAAAAAAAACAAAAAAAAUAUCGAAUG